AAAUACCAAGAUAAGAGAACACUGAGGUUUUCUGACCUAAGGAGGAUCCCCUUAGAGAAGAAUGGCUCCUGGAAAUGCUUCUUUUGUGACUGAAUUCAUUCUGGCGGGGCUCACAGACCUACCAGAUCUCCAGCUCCCCCUUUUCUGCCUGUUUCUAGUCAUGUAUGUGGUCACGNGCCUGUUUCUAGUCAUGUAUGUGGUCACUGUGUUGGGGAAUUUGGGCUUGAUAAGUCUAAUCGGGCUGAAUUCACACCUCCACACCCCCAUGUACUUUUUCCUCUUCAAUUUGUCCUUCAUAGAUCUCUGUUAUUCUUCUGUGUUCACACCCAAAAUGCUGACUCACUUCACAUCAAAGAAGAAUAUGAUCUCCUACAGGGGAUGCAUGACCCAGCUUUACUUUUUCUGUUUUUUUGCUAUUUCUGAAGUUUAUGUGCUGACAUCAAUGGCCUAUGAUCGCUAUGUGGCUAUCUGUAACCCACUUUUGUAUCAUGUUGUCAUGUCCCCUAAAGUGUGUUCCAGCCUUAUGCUUGGUUCAUAUUUGAUGGCAUUUUCGGGUGCCAUGGCUCACACAGGAUGCAUGCUGAGACUGACCUUCUGUGAUGCAAACACCAUCAACCAUUAUUUAUGUGAUAUCCUACCUGUGCUCCAGCUCUCCUGCACGAGCACCUAUGUGAACGAGUUGGUGGUUUUCAUUGUGGUAGGCAUCAAUGUGAUUGUGCCCAGUGUCACCAUCUUUGUCUCCUAUUGUUUCAUCCUCUCCAGCAUCCUGCGCAUCAGCUCCACUGAGGGCAGGUCCAAAGCCUUCAGCACCUGCAGUUCCCACAUGGUUGCUGUUUCUCUCUUCUUUGGAUCAUGUGCAUUCAUGUAUCUUAAACCAUCUUCUUCUGGGUCUAUGGAUGAGGGGAAAAUCUCUUCUGUCUUUUAUACCAAUGUGGUUCCCAUGAUGAACCCUUUCAUUUACAGCUUGAGAAACAAAGAUGUUAAACUUGCUCUGAGAAAAACUGUGAGUAGGAGUGUGUUUUGA